AUGGCUAUGAUAAAAAUGGUUUUCAUGAAUGGAAAAAUAUUAAUCUUUGACAAAGAUGAAUAUUUUAAAAUAAGAUCACAACAUCACCUAUUAGGAAAAUUAAUCGGCAUUCCAAUAUGUCAAACCAGACAUUCUUCAUUGAAUGCUCUACCAGCGUGUUUUAAUAAUUACGAGUUAAAUGUGCUUUUAAGGGAAAAUAAUGUCAUUGUUGCAGACGCAAGCAGCUUGAAAUUACAACCAAAUGAAAAUAUUAAACGCGAUUUCAGUGUUUAUUGUGGAAAACUUUUAGAGCAGUUUAAAAGGCCAUACAUAAAAAAACGAUUGUCUCAAACUAAAAAUAACAUCAAUAGUAUUGUCAAAGGAAAAGUGAAGAAGUUUAAUAUUUCUGGAGUUACAGAAUUAGGUGUGAACAUUUCUUUGGAACAAAUCCUAUUAGAACAAACUGUGAAAAUUUCGCAGUCCAUAAAUAUAAAAAAUAUUUACGAUCAUGUUCCAACUAAGCAUCCUUUCGAAGAAUGUUUAACACAAAUAGCCAUAAUAAAAACAGAAAAUUCUAAAACAAAUUGUACUUUUAACGAUCUAAAUAGAAGAGGAUUAUAUGUCAGUGACGGAGACUCCUUUGGAGCCGAUUUCUUAGCAUAUCCAGGCGAUCCUAAGAUUUUUCAUGCUUCUCAUCUUGUUAAAUGUGUAGAUUAUUCUGAAGAACGUAAUACAGAUUCCUUUAUAAGCUUUGCGCGGUUAUCAGUAUCUGUCAACAAAAAGUGUGUUCUGGCAUAUUGCUACAAUGAUAAAAAAGUUGGAUAUCAAACAAUUACGUGGGAUAACCCAAGAUUACGACAAGCUUAUACAAGUUAA